AUGCGCUUUAAAAUCAUAGAUGGCACCUCGUCUUUUGUUUGCGAAAUGGGCGACAGCAUGAGCGUAAAGGCGCUGUAUGAUGAAGUGGAAAAGAAGGCCGGCGGCAAAAGACAUCUUUUCAAAGGAACCGUCCGCUCCCUUGUUGAAAGGUCCGACCUGCCCAUUUCCGAAGUGUUUUCAAACUUAGAGUGCAUAUACGCGGACAGCUCUGCGAAGAUUGCGGGCCCUGUGGAAACCAACACCUGCACGUUCUUUGACAAAAGCGCAGUCUUUUCUAUUAUGGAGGUGCCUAGCGAUAACUCUUGCUUGUUUCAUGCGCUGAGCGAGCUUCUAAGCGCGAAAAACAGCGACUCUCUCCGAAAAAUGGUGGCGGACGAAAUUAUGAAAAGCCCGAAGUCCUUUGCCCCUUAUAUAGAGAAGGAGCCCUUUGCAUACUCUACCUGGAUUGUUCAGCCGCACAUAUGGGGCGGAGCCACUGAAAUAACUGUGAUAUCAAAGAUAUACGAAACCAAGGUGUGCGUGAUUGACAAGGACCUAAGAACAUACGAGUUUGGCGAGGCUUUUCGAUCUGUUGUCUAUCUUUGCUACUCAGGCACCCACUACAAUGCUGUUAUUUCGAAAGACAGGAAUGGAAACAUUGUUCGUAAAUUUCCGUAUGGAGACAAGAAAGCGGAGUCCUUGGCAAAGGAGGCAGUCAAAAAUUUUUUUACUGCGUAG